AAUCAAGCUCCAAAAACAGGGGAAACACUGGGUUUUGGAGAAUGUAAUUCCAAAUUCUGAUGUAUUAGGUGUCUAUCAUCAGAGAAAUGUUCCAGCACGACACCUAGCUAGUCAUUCAAACAGAUUAACAAUAAACCAAAUGGAGAAGCAAUGGCCGUGACCUAGCUUAGAGUUGAUGGUCAUAAUGUAGGCAAGUCUUGAUCAGGUCAAUUGCUUAAACUUCUUGACAAAUGAAUGCUCUCAAAUGAAGGAGAAAUCUGUGCUGGGUCAACUGCCAUCUAAUCCACACGUAAAACAUCACACUUUGGAACAGAUGCUUCGAAUUGAAGACAAGCGUACGUAAAUAAUAAACCCUCCUAUACCUGUGACCUUCGGAUUCAAGUUUCAAAGUAAUUUAUCCUUUGCAAAGGGCCUGGACUAAACUGGUUGACGGCUUGAGCGUUUUUAGACACCUUUUAUGGAUAACCGAUGGACGCGUGCACACUUGGGUCUACGUUCGUUCCUCGGAGUCGGUCUGACGAAGUCCCUGGCUUGGCUUUGACCGCAUCCGAGAGCAAAUCCAACCAAAAAGCAGCGGCAGCAAAUACCAAGACCUCCAUUGAUUGCCUCGAACUUUCCUUGGCGAAUAUAUUUCUAGUUUUUUUUUUUUUUUGACCUUUCAUCUUGUCAAUAAGACAUUAUCUUAUAUUUUAGUUCUCUUGCUGUUUCUCUCUUCCGUGCAAGUAUUGCACUUGGAAAUCUGAAGUUUUCAACACGGAUUUCCCAAUCCCCUUCCUUCCUUUUAGGCUUUUACCCAACCAAACCCCCCGAGCUCACCAACUAGCUGGAAGGCAGCGAGGCUCUCCCUCUUUUAAAGGCCAAAUUUUAACUCUCAUUUCCUCAAAUCUUCUGGCUUAACUUUUUUGGACAAAGAGAGAGAUGGUGAAUUGGGAGCUUAAGCACUGCUGCGAUCACGAUCAGGUCGCUUUCGUCGUGACCAUCGGCGUCUUCACCGUCGUCAUCCUCGCCUUGUGGAGGACGGUAUUGCUGACCCCCUUCAAGCUCGUCACAGUGUUUCUCCACGAGACCAGCCAUGCUCUUGCGUGCAAACUAACAUGUGGGCAGGUGGAAGGCAUGGAGGUUCAUGCCGAUGAGGGCGGGGUCACGCGAACCCGUGGUGGCAUCUACUGGCUAAUUUUGCCUGCUGGGUAUCUAGGAUCAUCGUUUUGGGGAAUGGUUUUCGUACUUGCAUCUACGAACCUUAUUGCUACAAGAAUUGCAGCUGGUUGCUUUAUAGUUGCACUGCUCAUUGUCCUCUUUGUCGCUAAGAAUUGGACACUUCGAGGACUGUGCAUAGGCUUCAUCAUAUUUCUUGCGAUCAUUUGGGUUUUGCAAGAAACUACGAAGGUCCGCAUUCUUCGCUAUGUCGUUUUGUUCAUAGGUGUAAUGAACAGCUUAUUUUCAGUUUAUGAUAUAUAUGAUGAUUUAAUAUCCCGAAGAGUCCACUCAAGUGAUGCUGAGAAAUUUGCUGAGAUUUUCCCUUGCCCUUGUAGUGGUGUUGCAUGGGGGGUUAUUUGGGGUCUGAUAUCAUUCGUGUUUCUUUGCGGAUCCAUUUACCUUGGUCUUGUUAUUUUAUCAUGAGGGUCCCAGUUUCGCAGGGAUUGUCGUCUCUCGAUAUAGUCUGGAGUAACACAAUGUUUUAAGAGGUUUCCAUUGCUCAGAUAUUCAGAUUGGACCAGGCUUGCAAUUUUUGCUCCUGGAUGAAUUAUGGAGCAAUAAAUGGCCAUUUGCUGAUACAUGCUUGUGUUCAUUAUUCUUUUUGUGACACUUUUGACUUGUCUCACCUUACAACCUCCAUAGUCUCAAUACAUAGCUGACCAUUCUUUGCUACUCAGAAAUUUUGUACUUCUGAUUUAUUAUUAAAGGUUUCUAAUUAAGUGUUACUACAAUCACUUAUUUUUUAUCAAAUCAGGUUGCA